GACAUCGUCCACAUUAAACAAAAUGUCAGGACAUAGAAUAUUUCUAAAAACGGAAAAUUUUCAGAAAACAGGGUCAUUCAAGAUUCGAGGCGCAACAAAUGCAGUGCUCAAAAUCAAACAAGAUUUACCAGACGUGAGCUGUGUGGUGUGUGACAGCAGUGGGAACCAUGGACAAGCUCUCGCCCGAGCUGCUCAGUCGUCGGACCUCAAAUGCUAUGUGGUGAUGCCAGAAAACUCGCCGAAAUGCAAAAUUGACGCCGUGAAAGGGUAUGGGGCCAACGUCGUUCUCUGCGAAGCUUCAGAAGAAGCUCGAAAAAGCGGCGCCGAUGACGUCAUCAAACAACAUGGCGGCGUAUACGUCAGUGCUAGUCAAAAUUCUGACGUCAUUAAGGGCCAGGGCACGUUGGGCCUUGAAAUUAUGGAACAAAAUCCAGAAUGUGAGGUCAUAGUGGCUGCCGUCGGUGGGGGAGGAAUGAUAUCUGGCAUCGCUACUGCAGUGAAGGGCGUUAAUUCAAGCGUGAAGGUCAUCGCCGCUGAACCGGAACGUGCAAACGAUUGUUAUAUUUCUAAAAAAACGGGAGUUUUAACCCCAAACCCCACGUUUCCGGAUACAGUUGCCGACGCUGUGAAAGUUAGUGUAGGUAAAAACACUUGGCCAAUGAUUCGUGACCUCAUUGAUGACGUCAUAACCGUUUCUGAAGACGAAAUAAAACACGCCACACUGCUUGUCUGGGAAAGAUGCAAAUUGGUUAUUGAACCGACAGCGGGGGUGGCUGUGGCCGCUGUUCUUUCUGAAAAUUUCAACAAAAGUUUGUCGAAAUUUUUCCCAAACUCAAAACCUAAGAAUGUAGCAGUAGUUCUAUGCGGAGGAAAUGUAGAUUUCGCUAUUUUACCGGAAUUAUUAAACUGCUCGUCUUAGGAUUAUAAUUAGUUUAGGAAUAUGAUUCUGACCUAAACAGCAAAAAGUAGGCGCCGUUCCGACUAUGUGGCGCAAUUGACGUAACUUUUUACGUUAAACUGACGUCAUAAGUGUAAAAAUAAGGUUAUACUGCUUGAAAAUUCCAUGACGCGCGACCCAAUCUUCCUUCCAACAUAGGCUUCCUAAUUCAGUGCAAAUAAUUAUUUAUUUUUAUUUUCAAAGUAAUUGUGCGAUAAUUUUUAGGUUUGCUUGUAUCCCGAGACCUCAACUAUAGGUGGAAGGAUACUAAUAAAUAAAACACUUUUCUCUUAUUGACGUUUUUUCCUUUUCUCAAAACAACAAAGAAACUAGAUUAUCAAAUUGCUUUAUUUCUCUGAAUAAUAUUAAUAAAAAUAAUGAAAAAUAGGAAAACCUCACAAAAUAUAAAAAAGACUGAAUUAUUAUUUGCUUGAUUAGUCGAGCGCUAGAUAGUUUACAAGAAGCUCAGUGGGUGCCCAUAUAAAAUAAAAAACGUCGAAAAAAAUGCUUAGAAUGUUGUAAUAAGUUGUGUAGCGUAGGAUAUCAAUCAGAAUACAAAUCUUUACGAAUAUAAGUCCAUCAUCCUCAGUUAGCGCGAGAAUCGGAUAAGAGCUGAUUCGAUAAAAACAUUCCUGGAAUAUCAGAACCUAGCCAGGGGAACUGUCCUCCCUUUUUAAAUGUGAGCAUUCUUCUGUAUCAUUCACAUGCUUUUUAGACUCUCAGGAUACUUGAAAACUAUGUGUUCGGGCUAGCUAUUCCCCGCUACCUGCUCCGGUCUAGCUUGGGAAAUAGAAAUUCAGAACCCAGUUUCAAAUUUCUUUUACGACCAUUGAAAGUCCAAUACAUGACUCCGAAGAGUUUGAAAAUAAGUCCGCUCUUAGAGAAAAACAUGACAAACAAAGCCCAUUUAGUACAUGGUGACCCAAAAAAAAAACAGAAGCCAGGUCAUUUGGAACAUAUUCUAGUGAAGUCGUUCUCAAACGAUGGGGCGCGCCUCACAAGGGUAGCAUAUACAAUUUUUUAAGGGGGCGUAAAGCUAAUUAAAAAUAUUUGUUGAAUUUGAUAUUGCUCGCCCUAUUUUGGAUAUCUACGCUUCAUCCAUACGUAUUUUCAACGUGUUUUUUGAAUAAAACAUACUUUCGCCUUA